UUUCCCAGGUCCACGUACCGGGCAUGGCAAACCAUUGCCUCGGCCGCGUGACUGCCCGGUGUUAGAAUGGUCUCUUUGUAUUCGAUAUUUAAAUAGACCUGUACAAACAAGCUGCUCUCUCUUUCGAAGGUUCAUUGUCUCGGCUUGAGUCCUCCUUUGUUCCAAUAUGCCAAGAUGGCAACAAAGUCUUUCGCAUGGACAAUGCUCAUGAUGAUGGAACCUAGCAAGUGGCAGUUGCCUUUGUUAUGGCCAUUUACGUAUAUAUUCCACUCCCUCGUGAACAACCCCUAUUGUGUUCCUUCCAUUUGAGAUCAUUCUACCCAGACAGAAACCACCACAAUACCUUUCAGCAGUACAGCUGAGCUGCUACAUUUAUUAUUGAAAAUACACCGACAUCCAACGGUCACCCAAAGCCAUUUAAACGACUUCACUCAGCGUCCGUCUCCAACAACCUUGAGCCCCCUACAAUAGAUUUCCGUGGCGCUGAAAUGGAUCCCCAAGACAUUAAUCUCCUGGCUGCGGAGGCUUAUGAUCUCGAAGAAAUUAAUUUCGAUGACUACAUAAAUCCUUCACCCGAUGCCUCGCUAGCAGAGCAACCAAACGUCGCACCCCAGACAUCACAAUACCAGAUAGCUCAGAUGCUACCGACUUCAGCUAGUCAACCACAGCAACAAGCAACUACACAAGAAGUUCAACAAUAUGCAGGGGCCGGGAAUGACGGGUAUGGUGCGGAUAUAUUUUCCAAUGUUCACAGCGCAGUCCCUUUCGCACCAACCCCCGGGCAACUUGGUAGCACAUCCAGAGGGCCGCAAAUACCGGUUGGCUUUGGUGAUGUUGCUGCUGCUGCUACUGCUGCUUUUGACGCAUAUCAGCGAGGGGAUCAGCCGCAGCAGCAGUAUCAGCCCCAGUAUCAGCAACAGUAUCAGCAGCCUCAGUAUCAGCAACAGUAUCAGCAGCCCCAGUAUCAGCAACAGUAUCAGCAUCAGCAACAGCAACAGCAGCAGCAGCAAGACUGGGCCACCGGGCUAACUAUGCCAAUGCAAACCCUAAAUGAUUCAGUUUACCCCCCUCCGCCCGACCUCUCUCAGCCCCAGCCCGGCACCCAGCCCGAGUGGACGCCCACGGUUACCCCCCAAAUUCCUAACCCACCUGCGCAGCCCCGUGACCUCUACUACGUCCCGGAUGGUCCCGUCUGGAACGGAACGGACAUGAUUCGGCACAAGAGAACCAGGCGGAAGACUAAAAAGGCUUCCAAGCAGCCAGACGCUGAGUCGGAAGGUUCAAGCGAAUCAAAUGCUGGAACAGGAUCCGAUAAAGUCUAUGCGCUGCCGGCUAAGCUAAACAACUGGGGCUCGAUACUAGACAAGAAUGGCACAAUGAGGAGGGGCCUGUUCGUUUAUGACCAACGGGGAACCGAGCUGGCCCAAAACAAGUUUUACAGGCGGACCGAGCUAGCCAAGUUCUUUGUGCAGCAUCCCGAUCAGCAGGAGCCAGUUCGCCCAUACCGGCGCCUAACCUUGUGGAUCCAGAACACUCCGGCGCAGCUCAACACCCGAUACCUGAACAGCUCGAGUUCCAGCAAGUGCCGGUGGAGAGACUGCCCCGACCCGACCCAUACCAUCCAGAAGGGGUUCUGGCGGGUGGCGUUUGACGAAUAUUCAGGCCAUACAACCCAGAACCAUACGGACCCCUAUCUCAACGCGGGUUACAUGCACCUCUACUGCUUCGAGAAGGCCUUUGAUCUCGGAUACUUGAUCCACCACGCCCCUCAGUAUUACGGGUUCCGGAUCCUCUCCGACAACCGCCACUUCCCCCGCGAGGAGCGCAAUGUGGCGAGUUUGAAGAGGGACCACCCCGAGAUGUCGGCGGUGUUCGAAAAGUGGCAGAAUGAGCAGUCCCAAAGGAGCUUCCCGCCAGGCUAUACCGGAUUCGUACAAAUCAAUGUACCUGAUAAAGAUCGUCUCUGGUCCCGGCUCACUGAAGAGCACCUCCGUCGUGAGAGCAAGACUCGGGAUACUACCCGCAAGACCCGACCUGGUACGGGCAACCACAUCGCCUUUCAUCGUGGCAAUUUGGAGAUGAUGGUGAAGGUUAAGCAAGCCGAAAAAGCUAACAAGAAGAGGAAAAAUAAUGAAGGCGAGGAGGAGGACGGCGGCGGCAGUGACGACGAUGAAGGCGUCGAGCAGCCGCGCGUGGUAAGACCCGUACCCGUCCCUAAGAAGAGAAGGGUUGAAAGUCCCCUUGAAAGUCCCCAUCGCCUGGGAGGCCUGGUGGGUCUAGGGAUUAAUAAUACCCAGCCCGGGCCCCAGGCAGGUCUAUCCUUUUAUUACCCCGUGCCGGAUAACUCGGCAGGCCCGAGUCUACACUAUCCAGCUCCUCCAGCCAUUCCUCAGCAGCAUGGCUUUUAUAACAUUGACCCAGCCCUUGCUGCUUCCUCAGCGACCCCCUUUCGCCCUCCUCCCCAGGGACCUUCGACGCCGCGCCUGGAACCAGUCCCGGCGUCGCUGCCGCGGACACGGAAGCGGAGCAAGGAGAAUGCCGAGGAAAUCAAUGAGCGCCUCAGCAAGAAGCCGAUGACGCGCGGCGGCGCCGACGAGAUCGUCGUCGCUAUGCAAAACGAGCCGCAGCACAUACGCGACAGUAUAAUUUCGGCUGCGCCAGCCUCCAGCGCGGCCAUCCUGAAGGAAAGGAUUCAGAAGAGGGUCCUCCAAGGGGAGACCUUACCAGAGGUCCACGAGUACUAUUUCGAUGCCAGGGUCGGGAAACUAAGGACCCGUGAACGCCUCAACCUCGACGCCACGCUCAUCAAGCUUGAGAAGCACCAGGAUCCCAAGAAGAACAACUCCAUCUAAACUAAUGAGAGACGAUAACGAACGACACAAAACGAAAGAUAGGUAGGUUUUCAUAUAGACAUGAUUCGACAAGGUAAGUUUCUAGGAUACAUAAACUCGGAUAUAAACUCGGUUUUGGGUAAGUAAAUAAGUGGUAAGCGCAAGCGGCAAUUGGGGGGUUUUUUUUGGUUUGAGAGAGAAAAGAACAAGGUAAGGACUCAGGUAAGCCAUUAUAUCUCUCUUGAUUUAUGGCCUUCUCCGUCUUCCCCGUUUCUCCCUUUAGCUUUUGGUAUUUCUUUUAUUUUCUUUCUGCGUCAUCAUUUAGGCGGCAUGCACGGAGUUUAGAGUUUUGGUCAAGUUAAUCUUUAAUGGCAAUGGUAAUAUCGAUAGAGAAAUAAGUGUUUCGAAUAACAAGUCAAAGUGAACUCUCUUUUGUUUGCAUGUGGAGGGGAGAGGAUCUCCCGUCGACUACGUGCACGGGCGGACACAUGCCUUUGGAACAU